AUGGCGCCGCAGGGACUGGUAAUCUCCAAGCUCGGGGUACAAGCAUCUGCUUCGGGUACUGACGUGACGGGGCUCAUUGCUCUCAAGAUUUCGUUGCCGAAAGAUAUGGGGACCAAGUCUGGGGCGAGAUGGAUGAUUUUUAACUCCACAGCCACGCCCCCUGCCAUCACUUCUCGACCAUCGAUCCACCCUCUACCCCUACCCCCCCCUCUAUCCUCCUCCUCUCGAGAACUAUCUACAGCUUGCAACCUCCUAUCCAUUCAGCCAGCCCCCCUAUACCCACCCUCACCUCAAGGAGGUACCGAACCUUAUAUCGACGUGUCGAGCACGACCGGCAAGGUGUAUGUCGUGGUCGACCCAGCGAGCGGAGCGGCCAAGCAGCGGAGAGGGAGCUUCAAGGGAAAGGGGGCGGAAGAUGGCAGGCGUGAUUGGCUGGUCAUACUACCCUUCUCGCAGCCGCUUGAGAAGGAGAAAGACGGGCUGUCGAAAGUGUUGUUGCCGCUCCCGAAAUGUCUGGACAAUGUCAUCCGCUUCCGGAUACUUUCCCCUGAUGGAGAACGGAAGGACGUGAGUGAAGUCAGUAUCCUGACAGAUCCAAAGCUGCUGGCGCUUCCGGAAGGGACUUUUGGGGAGGAAGGAGAUGAGAGUUUUGAUACAGUGGACGAAGAUGAGGGAUCGAGCUGGCUGGAAGGGAGAUUCCAGAGUACGGACGCUCUUCGCCUCGAAUGGUCAUUCACGCCUUCUCUUAUAGACCCUACGACACCCUCUCUCUUCAUCGCCCCAACACUCCAUCCCUACCCGCAGAUAGCACUCCAGUUCUCCGCCUGCGCCUCCACACCCGAAUCUAUAACUUCACUAGAGGCUCAAAUCCCCACAGGAUGGGUCUGGGAGACUCUGGAGAUCGAAGGGGAUGGACUGGCAUAUUGGAGAGGCGUCGAUAACGACUGGGGCACCGUAGACGACGAGGAAGACACCCUCGACUACUCCCAAGAUGACUCCUUUGCCACAGUCCGACCCACCACCAAACCCCGCCCGACUUUACCACCCUCCCUCCGGCCUGCGGGGAAUACGUACUUGCCCCCGCCAGCGUCGGGCUCGUCGGUGAGCUUGAUGAGGCAGACGUUGCCGACGGCGGAGGAGCUGGGGGAGUUUAGUUUUGAGAUGAGCGGGGAGCAGAGUCCGGUGCCGAAGCGGCCUAAUACGCCUCUCGGUGCCGUGGGCUCGCCGGCGCCGAGCACGCCGGGUGGGAAGAGUCGGCUUAUGGCUUCUGCCGGAAGAGAAGGAGAUGGAGAACGGAUAGCGAGGGGAGGAAGGUUGUUUGAUUUGUACUGGCAAGCGGGCAGCGAAGAGCGGGGGUUUGUUUUGACGGGGAUACUCGUACCAGAACCUCUCACGCUUGUACCAGCUACUCUCCCCCAGCCUGUUCCAUUGUUCACCUUCCUCUCCCCAUCCCCUCCAUCGACAUACAACAUCCAAUGCCCUCACGCUUCUUAUCCUUCUUCCCAAAAACCCGAGUCGACGUCGGAUUCUCAGCUCGUUUCUUUAAGCCACCAGACAGCUGGGACCUUUACGUGGCAUGACGGGGCUCAGCUCUCAGCACUCCGAGCUCGAGAAGCCAAGACGAAAGUCGGCGACGUCAAGAUCCGCCUUCAACGAGACGUUUGGGGUAUGUUGAGAAUGAACGUCCUCUUCUCCCUCUCUUCCCGGCAAGAACAGAGGGGGUUCCGCCUUUCUGCUACUGAUGCCGAUAAAGCGAGGAUUGUUAGGGCGUCAGUAGACGGGCUCGCCGUGCCUAGGUGUAUACUGCCUUCUUCGGAAGGGGUGGAGGUCAGGAUUGGGAGGAAGGAAGGUGGCGGACGGGGUGAGGGUGGGGGUUUGGCGGAGAUUGUACUUGAGAUUGGAGGGGGUGGGACAGAGGUGGGGUUGCCCGUGUUCGAGGGGGAAGGGGAGGGGAGAGUUGAGCUGAUCGGGGAAGGGUGGCAAGGCGUUCAAUUCACAAAGUCGAAAUCCCUCAACGCACUCUCAGCAGCGACCUUCGCAUACCCCAUCUCCACCCCCAAUCCACCAACCAUCACCCUUUCCCCUCCUCCAUCAACAUUAACACUAUCCUCCUCCCCUCUCCGCACCCUCUUCUCCCUAUCCACACUCUACCACCUCUUCAUCCUUUGGCUUCUCCUCUCCAUGGGUUCCCAGGUCCAAAGACUACGGAAUGAAGUUGCCUUCGUCGCGGGGGAAGCUAGAGAUCUGAGAGGUGGCUAUGGGUGGUAUACAGGUACUGGGGGGGAAAGGAAAGAGGGGGAGAGGGUGGAGUUGGAGGGGUGGAGGGAGGGCGAUGUUGGGGAUGCGGGUGCGAGGAUAGCAUCCGACCCUUCCCCUUCUUCACCUUCACCUUCUUCACCUUCUGCUACCGAAAAGCUCCCCUCUCCUCCAACAGAUAUAUUCGCUCCAGCGCCGGUAUUCACAUCAGUCAGGGUAUGGGAGGAAUGGCCAAAGAGGUGGGCCAGACAUCCGACGGUGAGGACGUUGGGGAAGGGUGUGAAGUGGAUUUGGGAGGCGGUUGUGUGGUUGGUAUUGCCACCUGGGGCCUGA